GCGCGAAAAUGGAGCGCGACGGGCUUUGCAGCGCGGAGCAGAAGCUGAUCCGCGAGAGCUGGCAGAAAGUGAGCGCCAGCCCGCUGGAGCACGGCAUCGUCCUGUUCACCAGGCUUUUUGAAUUGGAACCUGACCUCUUGCCCCUUUUCCAGUACAACUGCAAGACGUUCUCCACUCCUCAGGAGUGCCUCUCAUCUCCCGAGUUCUUGGAGCACAUUAGAAAGGUAAUGCUGGUAAUAGAUGCAGCUGUAACCCAAUUGGAGAACUUACACUGUUUGGAGGAGUACCUUGCCAACCUGGGUAAAAAACACCAGGCAGUUGGUGUGAAGGUGGAGUCUUUUUCAGCCGUGGGGGAAUCCUUGCUGUAUAUGCUGGAGAAAUGCCAUGGUCCUGCCUUCAGCCCGAAUGUGCGUGAGGCCUGGACCAAACUUUACAGUGCUGUGGUGAGAGCCAUGAGCUGUGGCUGGGAUGAGCCCAGGAAGGUGGAAUAAACCUGCCGUCAGGCUUGGGGGUUCUGGCUGUUCUUAGCGGGAGCAGCUGAGAGGGGAGAGCAAGCCCACCUUCCCAGCUUGGUGUAUUUCAGAGCGACCUCUGCAGUGCUCUCUCUCCUUCCCUCCCCGCUUGUUUACUUUCACAUUCUCCAUCUCUGUUGUGAUAAUGUGACGCCGCUUCCGAGUUUCACUGUGGCAGUUCCACAUCUCUGUUUGCAGGGGGCAUACGAGAGCCAGCCUGGCUGUUGCAGAUGCAGCAGCUUCCCCUCCAGCUCUUUCUUUGCCAUCAUCUCCUUACAAAGGGAAAUUGGAAAGAUCCCUUAGGACAGAAAGGUUAUUGCACCAGCCUCUCCAUAGGGAGAGAGGGACUGAGAUGGGUUUAGUAAAAUUAAUCAAUGGUAUGUGCAUUUCCCUAGGAUUAUCCAAGCAGGAUACUCCUUCUUCUUCUAAAAAAGUGGGUUAAUUCUUAAGUACAUCUGAGCUGUGCACUGGCUGGAUUUUUGAAAUGCUGGGCCACAGGGUCUAACAUGAAAGCCAGUGGGAAAGCAGCAGCUGCCAGUUCCUUGUGUGUGAAAAUAAAAACUUGUAGUGAAAUUAGUGGCAAACGCAGCCUUCGUUCUGGGAAAAGCUUCCAGGAUUCAUCCUGGUUUCUGGCCAAAGAGAGUUGGUAGCAUAAAAUCCAUUUCUGGGCAUUGCCAUUCAUGUUCUUCUUCCCAAAGCAUAUUUGAACAGCCUUUUGAAUGCUUGAAAGAAUCCUCUUAGGGUCUGAAGUUUUUGUCUGGUUUUAAUUAGUCCUCAUGAUAGAGCCCAUCCUGAGAAAUUAGAAAUGCAGGCAGCCUUUGGUGUAGAUAGCAAGCAUGUAAGCAGCCCUCCAAAUAUACUGGCUAGAGAUAAGAGGUAUCGUAGUUGAACACAUCUGGAGAAUAUCCAGUUGCGGAAAGCGAAUGCGAAGUCAGCUCUUCCUUUUGCUCUGGAAGCAGAGAGGCCCAUAAAAAAACAAUUGGUGGGUCAAACCUGGUUUGUGUUUGUGAGGGGGCAGAAUACAUACAUUGUCUUACAGACAGGCAGGAAUCCUGCCCCCCAUGAUGCCCAUAUGAUAGGCUGGGAUGGUGAUUCUUCCACUAAAUCCACUGCCACUUAUGUGGCCUAGGAAAGCUGCAAAGGUCUGGAUGGCCCCAAAUGUGCCAGUGGCAAACUGUUUCCUUGGCCACUAAGAAGCUGCUUUUCUGCCUGUGCUUUACAUGCCAUCUAAUAAACCAAUUUAACAGUGCUUCAGGAUUGUACCUUGUGAUUGUAUUUAAUGUGUGUAAUUACAUGAUUUUGGCAACUAGGUAUGGAUGAUCUUCCGGGCCGUGUGGAAGCAAUUGCCCGCUCAUGUUCAUACAUUUCCUUUGUCUGUGGGUGACCUUAUUUUUUGCAUCAAAAUCAGUUUAAGGUGUGAUCCUCUGCAGGCUGGCAGGACUCACGUGGGAAUUGUAAACUUGUUCUUUGUCUAGACAUGCAUAUGACUGAGCCCUUUGAAAUCUUCCUAUGUUUGGGUUAAUUUUUAUGUUGUGUUAAAAUAUAUUUGUAGGGGCACUUAAGCCUUUUUUGUUUUUGAGAAAAUGUUACAUGUUGCCAAGCCUCUGUUGUGUCCAUUAACUCCAAGAAAGCUUCGGGACAAAUGCGUUGCACAAAGGACAACACAGCGCAAAGUGGAAAGCAUCCUCCAGCACUGCGUUUGGGCCCACGGUUUUAAUGCAGAUUGAAGUCAUAAUUUUGGGCUGAAGCCUGAAAAUCAAGCUGCUGCUUUCUACUGUGGAUGGUUUGCCAUUCUGAACCCCUCAACAGAAUUUUCCUUUUGUUGAAGAAACUGACAUGGACCUAGUUUUCUGGCUCUGGAGAAGUUCUCAAAAGUGUGACAGCCUUGCUCUGAUCAACAGGGGCAAUGCAGACACAUGUUAAGCAUAAUGCUCUUCUCUAACCAUGGAGCAGCAGCAGAAAACCUUUGAGAGAGAAAGCAGCAGCCAAGGGGGACUGAAUCUUUUCCAUAGUUUGAGCUGUAUUAAUAUGGCAUAUUCUCCACUCUGUCCAGUAAAUUGCAGAAUCCCGCUGGUGAGUUCCAGUGCUUUAACACACCUCCUAGCUCUUCUCUUUCCUCCUUCCUUUCCUGCCUCUCUCUGCACAAAUGUUCUCUCACCUUUUUCCUACCUCCCGCUGCAUAAUGCGUCCAAUAAGCCCAGAACAUCUGUACAUGUCCUGCUGAGUUUGGGCAACAUUCCUUUGCUCCUCCCCAAACUUUUUUUUUUUUGGUGGGGGGAAGAGUGAAGUUGGAGUGGCAUAAUGGUAAAUCCUUGGCAGUCAGAUCUGUUUUAUGAGCAAAGGAAGGCUGUGCGACAGUAGCCAACUGGGAAUUAAACAUGAUGAGAGAUGAUCAGAUUCUGUGUUGGUCAUCGGAAAUGCUUAUUCCUGCACAAACUAUGUUAAUUGCACUGAUUUAAUACUGUCUGGAAAUAGAUAUAUAUACCCCCAACCCCCUGAGUCCUUAGGAUAGAUGUUGGUUGGUUUUUUUUUUUUUUGCAGAGCUUCAGUCUUCCUUGUAGCUACUUGGUGUGCGUUUCCAUGGCAUUCUGUAACUGUGACCCAGUGACUUGUCCCAGGGUGACUGAGGCCCAGUUCUCUGAAGUAGCAGGAAAGGAGACAAUAAACCUGUUUCUGAGUUUUGUACUGUUCCGGGCCUCAGGCCCACUUCACUGAAUGCUCCUCAAUACAAAAACAUUUAUUGCAUACAGAACCCUAAAUGUUGGGAAUGUCUUGUGCCUUUCAUAGCUCUUUAGAUGCUUUUUGUGUGCCAUGUUUUGUUGAAUUUCAAAGAAAUAAAAAUUCUGCUGUUGGUGUGUGUCAGACCUGUUUGGGAUGAUGUCUCUUUUGCCUAUUGCAUC